AUGAAUCGCUCGGCUUUUGAUAUCCAGCCCAUCGGCCGGUUCUAUGGCUCUAACACGACGAUUCGGCGCCCCAAGGAAAUCACUUGCUUUUCAUAUGAUGAUCAACACGAAUUUCAUCUGGGGGACUCAUCCCUGCGGUACUACUACCCACCGAGACUUCCCGCAGACUUGAAUCGCGGCUUCGAUGUUUUCCAGAAGUUGGAUGAUUCGGCAGAUGAGCAUCUAGAUGCCCUUCUAGAGACCAUCCUUGCUCUCGAAAAGGACACUGGGAAGAAAUGUGAGGCCGACAUCAUUACCUGGAGAGGUAUGAUGACCAAGAUAUUGACAGCUCCAUUUGAUAUGAUGAACGGAUGGGAAAUGAACGCGACGUAUUUCCAGGGAACGGUUUUUAUCGAGGAAAACAAUGCGUACAAAAACCACCAAAAACAAUUACAGCACAAUCAGAGAAUGCCUCAGGGAAUGCCUCCUCAAGAUCUGAUGGCAUAUUGGGGCUACAAAUUUGAGACCUUAUCUCUCCUCAACCAGCCGUGGGACCCCACGCCUCGUGAGGAAAUUGAAAGCCGGGAGGAGCUGGUUGUGAACAACAAUGCUCAAUACUGUUCUGUUGUCCGUACAGGCAUUGGUAGCACACGGCUAGUAAUCGGCGGUGAGGUUGAUGCCGUUUGGGACACCAAGCCGGACCGAAAAGAGGAUUCGAUCAACUGGGUGGAACUCAAGACCUCGGCUGAGAUAAAAAAUGACCGAGAUAUGGUAAAGUAUGAGCGGAAACUCUUGAAGUUUUGGGCCCAGUCCUUUCUACUCGGCGUGCCCAAAAUCAUUGUUGGCUUUCGUGACCAACAAGGCAUUGUCCACCGGCUGGAAGAGCUUGACACCGCGAGUUUACCUGGAAAGGUCAAGAAGAUUGGACGAGGGACCUGGGAUGGAAAUAUCUGUAUCAACUUUGCCGCUACGUUCCUUGAGUGUAUGGCCCAGAAUUCCCGGCUUAGAAUUACAAUCCAUGAAGAAGGGGUAUGGAGGAUUCGAAAGCCUGAAAAGUCUUCUAUCAUCGAGGUUUUCAAGAUGGUAGAUUCCGGAACGGGUGAUAUCAUUUCUCCCUCCUUCUCGGCCUGGCGAUCGUCAGCUUAA